CCCUGAGAUAAGGAGAGGACACGCUGGGACAGGCGGUGCCGGGGCUGGUGGCCGCAUUUCAGGGUGACCAUGGGGGCUGCUGCCCUGUCCAUGCUGCUCCUGGGGGGGCUGCGCUUGGCCCCCACCCUGGGGCUCCUCCAGGACCCCCCCACCGUGUAUGAGGGACCCCCCGGCAGCUAUUUUGGCUUCGCCCUGGAUUUCCACAUGACGGAGGGCAGGGCCAGCGUGGCGGUGGGGGCUCCCCGCGCCAACACCUCCCAGCCCGGGGUGACUCAACCCGGCGCUGUCUUCCUCUGCUCCUGGCCCCCUGGAAACCCCCCCUGCCGCCCCCUCCCUGUGGACACUGCAGGAGACGAGACCGAGACCCAACACUCCUUGGAGCUCCACACCUACAAGUCGCACCAGUGGCUGGGGGCGACUGUCACCAGCUGGGACGGCAAACUGGUGGCCUGCGCCCCCCUGCAGCACUGGAACGCCAUGGAGGGCCAGGACGAGGCUUUCCGCACCCCCACGGGCGCCUGUUUCGUGGGUGCCCCCGAGCUGCAGCGCGUCGCCUGGUACUCGCCCUGUCGCGACCAGAUCAUGGCCAGCACCUACCGCGAGAGCAACUACUCCUACGACAAGCGCUACUGCGAGAUCGGGUUCAGCGCGGCCGUCACCCCGGACGGCCAGCUGGUGCUGGGUGCCCCCGGCGGUUACUACUUCAUGGGGCUGCUGUACUCGGUGGAGCUCGAUGCCAUCCUGACCCGCUUCCACGGCCAGUCGCUGCUGUGGCCGGGGGCCCCGGGACGCCCCACGGGGCAGCCGGUGUCUGGGGACUACAAGGAUGGGUACCGGGGGUACGCGGUGGCCGUGGGCGAGUUUGAUGAUGAUCCCAAAACCAAAGAGUACGUGGUGGGGGUCCCCAACAAGAGGAACACGAGGGGCGAGGUGGAGAUUUUCAGCAUGGGGGUGACCAUGCGCCGGCUGCAGGGAAUGGCCAGCGAGCAGGUGGCGUCGUACUUCGGGCACACGGUGGCUGUGGCUGAUGUCAACGGGGAUGGGCACGACGACGUGCUGGUGGGUGCCCCCCUGUACCUGGCCCGGUGCCCCGACGGGCAGCGCAGCGAGCUGGGGCGCCUCUAUCUCUACCUGGGGGGGGGACAGCGGCCCCUGGCUGGGCCUCCCCAGACCCUGACGGGCACUCACCCCUACGGCCGCUUCGCUGCCGCCAUCGCCAGCCUGGGGGACCUGGACAAGGACGGCUAUGGCGACGUGGCGGUGGCUGCCCCGCAGGGGGGUGACGGUGGCAGCGGGCAGGUCCUCAUCUUCCGUGGGCAGAGCGAGGGGCUGUCCCCGCUGCCCACCCAGCGCCUGGGCAGCCCCUUCCCCGGCCCCGCCGCCUUCGGCUUCGCCCUGCGCGGGGCCACCGACCUGGACGGCAACGGCUACCCGGAUCUGCUGGUGGGGGCGUACGGGGCAGCCAAGGUGGCUGUGUACCGGGGACAACCUGUGGUGGUGGCCCGGACUCAGCUGAGUGUCCCCGAUGGGCUGAACCCCGAGAUCCUGGCGUGUGUCCUGCCCGGGUCCAGCACCCGUGUCAGCUGCUUCCCCGUGGUGCUGUGUGUCAGCGUGAUGGGCCAGCGCCUCCCGCCGAGCGUCCGCCUCGAUGCGGAGCUGCAGCUGGACCGGCUGAAGCCCAAACUGUCCCGGCGGGUCCUGCUGCUGCAGGGCCACCAGCCGGUGUGGCAGGGGACACUGGCGCUGGUGCCGGGGACACCCCCCCAGUGCCACAACCUCACUGCCUUCCUGCGGGCUGAGACCGAGUUCAAGGACAAGCUGAGCCCAGUGGCCCUGAGCCUGCGACUGUCACUGUCCCCCCAGGAGGGGUCCCCGGGGCUGGUGCUCUAUGGGGACACCCUGGUGCAGGCACAGACCCACAUCAUCCUGGAGGACUGCGGUGAUGACAACCUCUGCGUCCCCGACCUCCGCCUGGCUGCCCACACGCCCAGCAGAGCCCUGUUGAUGGGGGCGGAGGCCGCACUGGGGCUGCGCGUGGUCGCCGGCAACAUGGGCGAAGGCGCCUUUGAAACCGAACUGCGGGUGCAGCUGCCCCCCGGCACCCACUACCAGGCGGCGCGCAGCAGCAUCCUGGGACAGGAGAAGCUGAACUGCAACCCCCGCAAGGAGAACGGGAGCCAGGUGGUGCUGUGCGAGCUGGGGAACCCCAUGAAAGCGGGGGCACAGGUCACCGUGGACAUGGAGCUGAGUGUGUCUGGGCUGGAGGACAUGGGUGACACCAUCACCUUCCAGCUCCAGCUGCGCAGCAUGAACAGCCCCAGCCCUGCCAACGUGUCGGUGACGGUGCCCGUGGAGGUGCAGGCGGAGAUGGAGCUGCGGGGCACGUCCCUUCCUGCCACCACGGUGCUGCCUGCGAGCUGGCACAGGGCAGAGGGCAGCCGGCGCCCCGAGGACCACGGCAUCAGGGUGGAGCACGUCUACCAGCUCCACAACAAGGGUCCCAGCACCGUCAGUGGGGUCACCCUGCGCCUCGCUGUCCCCAACCAGCUGGGUGGCCGUGUCCUGCUCUACCUGCUGGAGCUGGACACCGAGGGGGGGGUGAGCUGCACCGACCCCCCUGGCCUCAACGCCGAGCAGCUGGAGAUGCCGGGGCCCACGGGCGCAGCACCCCGCAAUGGCACCCACGGGCGGGAGCGCAGGGAGGUGGCGGAGCUGGAGGAGCCCGUGGCCGUGGGCUGCAGCAACACCCCGUGUGUGGGUGUCACCUGCUGGGUGCCCACCCUGGCUAAGGACCAGCGGGUGCUGGUGAGCGUCCGUGCCCUGCUCUGGAUGGACACCCUGCAGCAGCCGGAGCACCUCCUGCAGCAGUUCCUCAUCCAGUCGCACGCCUGGUUCAACACCUCGGCCAUGCCGUACCGUGUGCAGCCCCGCGUCCUGCCCACCGGGGAGGCCACGGCUGUCACCGAGGUGGUUCGCGCCACUCCCGGGGGCGAGGGGACUGUGCCGGUGCAGUGGGUGGUGCUGGGGGCCCUUGCUGGGCUCCUGCUCUUCACCCUCCUCGUCCUCCUCAUGUGGAAGACGGGUUUCUUCAAGAGGACACGGCCACCCACCGAGGAGGACACACAGGAGCUGACACCCAGCCAGGCGCAGGAGCCAGAGGGUGCCCAGGGCUAGUGGGGUACCCCAGGGCCCCCCUGUGCCCCCACCCCAUGGCAUGUCCCCUGUCCCAGUCCACAUGUCCCCCAGCACCCCUGAGUGCCCAUGGGGUGCAGGACCCAU